UCCAAGUUCGUGGAGCGCAAACUCUCCAAAGAGUUUAUAGCUCCUGCUUCAGGACUGCACCGGGUUGGAAGGAGCCAAGAAAAGUUUAGAGCAGAAACAGAUACUUUCACAAGUGGAGUGCGUCGGGAAUGGCGAAGAGGCGGAAUGGUCCUCUCGCCGACCUGCACAUGUGAGCCCAGAGGCCACCGGUAACUUUUUUUUUGUACUUCAAAGGAGACGGGAAACCGGGCAAUAACAGAGAAGACAGAGUGGGGAGAAAAGAGAGAAAAGUCCGCUUUGAGCUGUCUCCUACAAGUGUCCAAUAACAUCGACGGGAUGGUCGUUCUGCCUGGAAUCAGCUGGGUCUUCCUGAGCGCGCUGCUGCACGCUGUGGCACCCUGGGGCGCAGACCGACCGGGCAGACCGAGACAGUGCGACGCUCCAAAGUCGCAAAGUGACAUGAACUCUUUCCUUUGGAGAGUAAAGCGGGCACCUCCUCACCCACCUUCUUACUUAUUUGGUACCAUCCACGUGCCCUACACCCGAGUCUGGGACUUCAUUCCCAACAGCUCCAAGCAGGCUUUCCAUGACAGCAAUAAUGUUUACUUUGAGCUGGACCUGACUGAUCCCCUGACCAUCUCCAAACUGACCAGCUGCCAGUUACUGCCCCACGGAGAAAACCUGCAGACCCUGCUACCUCGAGAUCUGUACCGCCGACUCAAACGCCAUCUUGAUUACGUCAAACACAUGAUGCCUUAUUGGAUGACAGCUGACCAGCGAGGCCGAGGCCUGUAUGCUGACUACCUGUUCAAUGCUAUUGCAGGGAACUGGGAGAGGAAGAGGCCUGUGUGGGUAAUGCUGAUGGUAAACUCACUCACAGAAUGGGACGUCCGGUCCAGGGGGACACCAGUGCUCGACCUGUUUCUAGCUCAAGAGGCAGAGCGAAUGGGAAAGACUACAGGGGCAGUUGAGCAAGUGGAGGAGCAGUGUCAUCCCCUCAAUGGACUCAACUUCUCUCAGGUGCUGUUUGCCUUGAACCAGACGCUGCUGCAGCACGAGGGUGUUCGAGCGGGCAGCCUCCAAGGUUCCUACACCACAGAGGACCUCAUUACACACUACAACUGUGGUGACCUCAGCGCUAUCAUCUUAAACCAUGACACCUCACAGCUGCCUCACUUCAUCAACAGCUCUUUGCCAGCUCAUGACCGCAUGACGGCUCAGCAGAUUGACAGCUACUUCCGCCAGGAGCUGAUCUACAAACGCAACGAGCGAAUGGCACGACGAGUUUCUGCCCUGCUGCAGAGAAAUCCCAACCAGACUUACUUUUUUGCUUUCGGUGCAGGCCACUUUCUGGGGAACCACAGCGUGCUGGACAUCCUGAGGCAGGAGGGCUAUGAGAUUGUCCACAUGCCCUCUGAUCAUCAAGAGCCAGCCACAGAGGCAGCAGGUCCAGACCUCCUUGCAGCACCAGAGUUCAGCAAGGAGAAUACAGACACUAGCACAGGAUCUCCCAUUAGCUGGCCAACCAGUCCAGAGAUGGAGCUGGAGCUCGAGGACCCAGAACCUAUGCCUGGCCUUGGAGGGGAGGAGCUGCCUCACAUGCUGCUCCCUGACAGCUUGAGCCAGCUAGAGGAGUUUGGACGCCAUAAACGGCCACGCAAAGCUCACCGUGGCCACGGGAGACCCCGUCUCUUCAGUGACCUGUGGGUUCGCAUUGGGGAUGGCACCACCCCACCACCAAACGUGAGGAUAAUCAAUGGCUAUGUGACAGUGGAGCCUCCGCUGACCUAUCAAAAGCAUCGCAGGCGGAUGGAGAUCUACGAGAUAGAUCGAGAUAGUUCGCCUUCCUCCACUUCACCAAGCCCCAGCUCAGCCCAGCUAGCUCACAGCAAAGUCACGCUGUCUUGUGCUUUAGCGUGGCUUUUAUCACACAUAUUGUUCACCUCCUGACCAAAAGAAAGUGUUACCUCAUGAGAAACAUUGGACAAUACUUCAUCCACACCAGAGCAGUGGAGCGUACCUGAUAAAGCCAAACAAGGAGUGAUUGUCAGGGAGAAACAUCUCAGUCAGGAUAAGACGUCUUAACGUGGGACAAUCCGUUCUCCACCAUAGAGCGAGAUCGGCUUCAGGCUGCUGAAAUGCCAAUGUCUUUAAAAACUUGCCAAGUCUCAUAAUGUGUGGAAUGAGCUCUGUGCUGCGUAAGAAGCAAAACGUGGACUAUGUUGAACUGCAGUGGGGUCAAGUCCAAACCUCCUGAAAGUAUUGAGAUAGAAUAACAAACACACAGCACAAUGAAGAAUUGUAAAUUCAAAGAGCUGGAGUCUUUUACCUAUAAAAACUGUAAUAUUAUGUAGAAAAAUAAGACUGACUUUAAUAAUGAGAAUAGGUCAUACUAACAGUUAUAACUCUGUGAAAAGAAAUGAGUUGAAUAAACAAGGUACUGUGUGAGGCAUUUACCUUCACACAGAGAAGCACUCAG